AGUAAUCUGUUGCAUCUUUCAAAAAAGAAAUAAAAAAUGAAGAGUUAGUACAAAGCCAGCUAGGAACUCCACUGCUUAGAAUUAUUUUAAGUUACGUCGGAGACCCAUACCAUGUCUUGUUGCUAAGGAAUCGUUGACUCCUCCUAAGCAUACACUACUUGAUUGUUUGAAAAAUUUAGCAGUUCACUACACUGCAACAAUUGUUCUCUUACCUUUCUCUGAAAAUCCAUUCACUUUGCUGUUGUUGAGAUCAUAUCAUCAUGGCUGGUGCACUUGUUGGUGGAGCUUUCCUUUCUGGCUUCAUUAACGUUGUCUUUGACAGGUUGCUCACAACGGAUACGGUCAACCGGGUCUUGGGCAAGAAACUUGGCCCUGCCUUGGUUGAGAGGCUGAAAAUUUCUCUGCAUGCUGCUGAAGCUGUGCUUGAUGAUGCUGAGUACAAGCAACUGGGCGACGAACGUGUGAGGGAUUGGCUCAACAGUCUGAGAGAUGCUGUUUAUGAUGCUGAUGACUUUCUGUACGCUGUACUCACCAAAGCCGCCACUCAAAAGGAGGUACGUUCUGUCUUGCCUAGUUUCUUCCUCAACCGACAUAGGAAGAUGGUAGAUAACAUGGAAGGGGUGGUUUCAAGAAUAGAAUUUCUUGUAAGUCAAAAAGAUAUCCUUGGUCUUCAAAAGACUACCAAGGAUAAUAACUUGUCAUCAUCAUCAUCGUCAUCAUGGCGAGAAACCACAUGUCUGAUGGAAGGGAACAUAUAUGGCAGGGAGCAUGAUCAACAAGCUUUAAUCAAGACAAUAAAUGACAACAGUGAAUCUCAGUUAUCUGUGAUUCCAAUUGUUGGCAUGGGUGGGGUUGGUAAAACAACCUUAGCCAAAUGGGCGUACAGUGUCGUGGAAGGAUUUGAUCUCAAAGCAUGGGUUUGCAUCUCUGAAACAUUUGAUGUUGCUGAUAUUACAAAGAAAACCAUUGAGGAGAUUACUAAAAAUUCUUGUAGCCUUGGGAGUUUAAAUUUGCUUCAAAAUAAACUGCAGCAAAUCUUGUCGGGAAAGAAGUUCUUUUUUGUUCUAGACGAUGUCUGGAGCGAAGAUGCCCAUAAGUGGAAGCAAUUUAUAGCUCCUUUUCACUGUGGGGCUAAGGGUAGUUCAAUUCUUCUUACAACUCGUAUGAAAGAGGUUGCUUCAGUAGUUCAAACAUGUCCCUCUCACUUUCUUAAUGAGUUGUUAGAAGAGUCUUGUUGGUUAUUGUUUGCAGCCAAUGCAUGUUUUCCGGAGUCAAACGGUAUUCCAACAUUAGAGGAAAUCGGUAGAAACAUUGUCAAGAAGUGUAAAGGGUUGCCAUUAGCUGUUGAAACACUUGGGCGCUUGUUGCAAGGAAAGCGUGAUGCUAAAGAAUGGAAUGCUGUUUUAAGGAGUGACAUCUGGGAAUUUUCUACGAAAAAUAGUAAAAUUAUUCCAGCAUUGUUAAUAAGCUACUUCCAGCUACCUCCUUACUUGAAGCGUUGUUUCGUUUAUUGUUCAUUGUUUCCCAAAGAUCAUUACUUUGAGAAAAAUGAACUAGUUUUGCUGUGGAUGGCUGAAGAUCUUUUACGGGUACCAAAGAGAGGAGAGAGUUUAGAAGAGGUUGGUUCUGAGUGUUUUGAAGAAUUAGCUUCAAGGUUAUUCUUUAAAAAGCUUCAAAACAAGUACAAGUACUAUGAAGAUUUAGAUUCAACGUAUUCAAGGUUAUUUUUUAAACCAGCUAAUAACUAUUUUGUGAUGCAUGAUCUCUUGCAUGACUUGGCAAUAUUCCUUGCUGGAGACUUCUAUUGUAGAAUACAAGAGCUUCGUGAACAAGAAGAAAAGAAGGUUCUCACUCGCCAUUUCUCAUAUUUCCCACCUCGAAGGUUAGAUCAUCCAAUCUCAAAAGUCUUUAAGUCCAUUGUGAAGCCAGAAUCUUUGAGGACAUCGUUGAAUAUCAAUGAUUUGUUAAGCAUGGAAAGCAGAGCAUCAAAGUUGAAAUACUUGAGAGUUUUAUCCUUUCGUAAACUUGAUGUAUUACCAGAUUCAAUAGUUAAAUCGAUUCAUCUACGCUAUUUGAAUCUCUCUUGGACCAAUGUUAAGACAUUGCCAGAGUCGCUAUGCGACUUGUAUAAUCUACAAACAUUAAUAUUGUAUGAAUGUUCUAAACUGACCAUGUUGCCCGAUGGCAUGCAUAAACUUAUGAAAUUACGGCAUCUUGUCCUUAGGGGAACUUGUUUGAAAGAAAUGCCUAGAGGAAUAAGUAAAUUGAAACACAUGCAUAUUUUAGAAUACUUUGUGGUGGGCAAGCACAAAGACAAUGGAAUCGAGGAACUAGGAGGGCUCUCAAAUCUUGAAGGAUCAUUUGAGAUUAAGAAGUUGGAGAAUGUUGUUGAUGUGAGACAAGCAAGGAGUGCAAGGAUGUUGGAGAAGAACCACAUUGACAAGUUAUCGUUGGAAUGGUCUUUUGAUGAUGAAAUGGUUUCAAACACAGAGACUGAGAGAGAUAUACUCGACGGCUUGCAACCGCACACUGGCUUGAAAGAGUUGAGAAUGGAAGGAUACAAGGGCGAAAGAUUUCCAGAUUGGGUGGGACACUGUUCUUACAACAAUAUGACAACUGUAUGGCUAGAGUCUUGCAAGAAUUGCUGCAUGCUGCCUUCACUUGGACAACUGCAAUGUCUAAAGUCCCUGUGCAUUUCCGGUUUUCUUGAGCUCAAGUGUAUUGGUGAUGAGUUUUACAAGAAUGACAGCGAUCAUCAUUCCUCGCCUAUUCCACCGUUUCCUUCACUCGAGGAAUUGGUGUUUCAUAACAUGCCAUGCUGGGAGGAGUGGCACGUACCUCACCCAGAAGCUUUUCCUCAGCUUAAGAUACUUCAAAUAGAAGGUUGUCCAAUGUUCAAGGGAGAUAUGCUUAAUGCCAUAUUGUGGAGAAGGGAUUGUUGUUUGCGGGAAGAUGAAGAAGGAAGGUCUGAUGAGAUGGUAGGUGGUGGGGAUGCUUUAUCAAUAAACAGGGGAUCUCCAUCAUUUAAUGCAAGCACCAUCAACCAUCUAUGUUGCCUCCAAGAACUACUUAUUUCAGGGUGUCCGUCUAUUGUAUCCUUUCCGGACAAUUGUUUACCCAAAUCUCUGCAAAAGCUGAAAAUCUCGAGUUGCCCAAAAUUUGAAUUCCCCGAGCAACAGCAGCGCAACUAUGGUUUGGUAGAGCUACAAAUAGAAGAGAGCUGUGAUCCACUGAGCUCCUUGUCGUUGGAUGUCUUUCCCAAUCUCAAGAAUUUGGAGAUAGAAGGGUGUAGGAAUCUGGAAUCAGUGUCAAUGUCAGAGGCACCACACGCUGCUCUUGAAGAAGUCAUAAUCAGGGGGUGCGACAAAUUAGUGUCAUUUGCAGGAGAAGGACUGGCUGCACCCAACUUGACUCAUCUUGAAGUCACAUAUUGCUCGAAGUUGGAGGCAUUACCACGUGACAUGAAGAGUCUACUCCCAAGUUUACACUCUCUCCAGAUAUAUGCUUGCCCAAACAUUUGCAGGUUGGCAGAGGGUGGUUUCCCGCCUAAUUUGAAAUCACUUGAAGUGGGAGGUUGCGAGGAACAACUGUGGGAUCUAUCAUGGAUCGCCAACUUCCACGCCCUCACUCAUCUCAGAAUUUAUGGUUUAGGGUGUGAGAACAUAAAGUCAUACCCAGAGGUGGGUUCGCUGCCUCACCUUCCCUCCCUUACCACUCUUCAGAUAUGGCACUUCGAUAAUCUGGAGACAUUGGAGUGCAACGAGCUUCUCCGCCUCACCUCCCUUCAACAACUACACAUUAAGUGGUGUCCAAAGAUGGAGAAUAUGGAAGGAGAAAAGCUGCCUCCCUCUCUCUUGCGGCUUGAAGUUUAUUGUUGUGGUUUGCUGGAAAAACACUGCAAGAACAAGCAUCAACUAAUCUGGCCCAAAAUUUCCCACAUCCCCACCAUUCUAGUCGAUUUCAAACAUAUUUCCUAAAUAGAGAUUUCUGAGCAGGCAGAUUGUAAUGAAGUAAAAGGGCCCAAUGGUGGAGAUUUCAUCUUAUGCAAUAUUUUAGCUUCAUGUUGGUAAAAAGUUCACAGAUGUUAGAGAUUUCAUUGCACAUGUAUAUCUAUAUAUAUGGAGAUGUGAAGUGGAUUAAUGUGUUGGGAAGCAGUAGUGUUUUCUGAUUUCAGUUUUCAUUUUAAUUGGUAUCUACAAUAGUUUAAAUUAAUGACUGAUUUGUAUCAUAGGAUUCAUAUCCACACUACAUGUGGAGUUGCUUGGAUUAUUCAAUUCAAUGCUUUGUUCAAAGAUAGGAACCAUAGAUGGUUGGUUGGUUAUCAAUAGCAGUCAUGUUUGAACUUUGAACCAAUAUGCUAAACAAAUGAGUUUCAUUAUCUAAUGCAAGGGUUGUAUCAAACUUGAAUUGUAGGCUUUUUCUU